CGACACCACUGUUAGCACCUUGCUUCGUGACCAUACUUUGGCUCGCGAUAAGCCAUGUUCGCCGCCGCCGCCCAACUCUCUCGCCCGCCCCCUUUGCUCUGUGAAGCAAACACAUUACCGCUACAGGAUGAUCUGGCCAAUCCGCGAUUUUACAGAGCAGGGCCGUGGCGAGGCUAGAGAAUCCAUGAUGCCAAGGUUCGACGGCUCUCCCAGAUCACCUACCGCUCCGGUUCUGAUUUCGACUGGGUAUAUAAACAGAGCCAUGGGAGCGUCUUCCCACUCUUCUCAUCUCCAUCAUCUUUCCCGUUGACCCAUUCUACUCGGACGCUCGAGCAGAAUUACAAACCAACAACGCCAUACAUAACCCAAACAGACGAGACCUAUGAUGGCUCGUCUCACCCUCCUGUACGUCUGCCUGGCCUGGGCCAUGGCUCUUCUUACCGGGCUCGUGGCCGGAGCGCCAACCAGCAUCUACAGCUACCGUGACACCGGGGCAAGCCUCAUCAACGCGACCCCCUACCGCUGGCGACGGGGGCACAUCGACGCGCUCCGGGUCGCGGAUUGGCAAGACUGGCCCGAGUACAUUGAGCCGGGCGAGUCGGUCUCUCUGCCCGUCACGGUCCACCGCCAGUUCUACAUGGACGCAGCGGCCGAGGUCCGCUACCACCUCGAGGGCGCGUCGGAGCCCAUGUCCCUACAGCUCGAGUACCGCGGGGGCUGGUCACCCCUCCUCUGGGUCCGGUUCAUGGGGGCCCUCCGCACGCUCAACAACGGCCCCGACGCCGAGGUGGAGGUCGGGUUCCGGCGGGCGCCCGGCGGCGUGGGCUUCGUGCUCGCGGGCACCGAGGGCCACUUUGUCGCCAACGACCCGGUCCCGAACUGGAUGCAUGCCACGCUCCCUGAGAUCGGGCACGUGCCCCUGAGGGAGCUGGCGAUGCCACGCUCCCACCACGCCGGCAUGUGGAAGGACACCGCGUCCAUCGGGUCCGGCAUCCGCGUCAACACGGUGACGCAGAAGGAAGACCUCGGGAGGCAGAUACGCGAGGGCGGAAUCCGCGUGCUCGACGUCCGCGCCACGAGGUGGCACGACCACUUCCGCGAGAGCCACGCCUCGGAGGUGAAAGGCACGUGGCAGGGCAUGUUCGGCGCCGGCCUCGAGGAGAUGAUCGACAUCGUCAACGACUUCAACCGCGACGCGCCCGGCGAGCUCUUCAUCCUGGACAUGCACCCGGACUCGCGCAGCGCGGACCGCGGAUGGGAACCCCUCAACGACUGGGAGAUGAACGCAUUGUACGAGCUGCUCCAGAAGCUCGAGCACCGCAUCGUCAUCCCGGACGGCGAGGACGUGACCAAGUGGCCGCUCGAGCGCUUCAUCGGCAAGGGCAAGCCGGCCGUCAUCGUGCGCGUCCACAGCGCGUGGCUCGACAACCACCCGGCCGUCAAGUUCCCUGGCGGGCGCGAGGGCUUCGCCACGGACCGCAACUUCCCCCUUCGCGGCCGCUGGUCCGAGAAGAACAACGUGCGCGACAUGAUGGAGGACGAGCUGGCGCACCUGGCCAGCCUGCGCUCCCGCCGCGACACGACCAUCUUCAACAUGGAGUGGAUCCUCACCCAGUCGACGGGGCAGGUCAUCGCCCCCGUCACCUCCAUCACGGACCUCAACGAGUCGGCGUGGACCACCCUCUACGACGUGCUCUGGGACUCGCUCACCGACCAGUCGUACCCCAACUGGAUCACCAUGGACUCGGUCAGCGGCGGCCAGCACAAGGCCAUGUGCAUGGCCAUCAACAUGUGCCUGGGGGCGCGCAAGUGCGGCACUCUGAGGGGCAAGGUGACGUUGCCGGGAAAGGGGGGCGGCGAGGCUGAGGGCCUGUGA